AUGAAUUCUUCCCCCUACAUAAAAAACGUUUUAAAAGAUUUAUCCGAGAAAAUAUCAAACGUUAUCAAAAGUUUAUCAUCAACCAAUUUGUCUCCUGAAGGUGAUAGUCUAAUUCAUGCUAUUGCCAUUUGGUUGAGACGCGUCUCAUUUAUUAACGAAUUCAAUUACGAUGUUACGUUGCUCAAAUAUUUGGAUUAUUUAAUAGCAGACGCUCAGGUAUUAAUAAUAGAUAAUGAAAAUCUUCUAGGACUUCUAGAUCAAUUUAGAUUUUUCUAUACCAGAGAGUAUGCCAUACACUUUAAUUGA